CCGCGAGUUCUGCUGCUUCGCACCAUGCGAUUCAGUGAAAGUCAAUAAAAGUCACUGAGUAAAUGCGAAAAAGGCCUCAAGUAGUUUGAUGUUUACGCGAAAAAAGCACGUGUGGUGUUUCAACCCAGGCAGUUCAUUACAACUUCCACGCGAGCAACGAUUAAGGAGUGAAUCCUUUUUUUGCAUUGUGCAUGUCAACUAAUGGCAUUCACGAUACAGAUGAAACUGUCUCUUUGUUUACGUGCAGAUCGUACGAAAGCAAAGUAGCGAUGGACUUUUGAAAAGGUUCAAUGAUUACAUUGUUAUACUUGCUGAUGAAGGCCGACGUUGGCUCAGUAAAUUUUUCUUAGAGGCGAAUUUGGAUCAUUGACAAAAUGGUGAAGUACUACGAAACCAACACGAUUUUUCAAUUUAACUGGGAGCAAGUUGCUCAGGGUUUCUGGCGCAGAUACCCCAACCCUCACAGUUCUCAUGUGAUUAGUGAAGAUACAAUUUCCAGGGAAAUCAAAGAUGGAAAGUUGUAUUCAAAAAGAUUGUUAACCAAAACAAAUCGUGUGCCGAAAUGGGGUGAAAAAUUUAUAAAACACAACAAUGUCAAAAUCAUUGAAGAGAGUAUUGUUGAUCCUAAAGAAAAGACUCUUACUACUUAUACAAGAAAUUUGGGCUACACCAAAGUUAUGAGUGUUGUAGAAAAAGUAAUUUAUAAAGCAUCUGAUGAAAACCCCCAAUGGACUAUUGCUAAAAGAUCAGCGUGGAUAGAAAGUUCAGUUUUUGGUUUUAGUCGUGCAAUACAAGCUUUUGGGCUGGAAAGAUUUAAGAAGAAUUGCAUUAAAAUGUCAAAUGGAUUCAAUUAUGUUCUUGCCCACAUGUUUCCUCUUACUGCUCAAAUGAUGAAUCCAAGUUUAUCUCAAAUGGGAUUUGCUGAUAAGGCUGGUGAACCAAUGAUAAGGCUGUCACACGCAGCAGAAGAUUUGCAACAUAGUUUUCAAGAUAAGGCUGAAAAAAUGAAAGACGCAGCUAAGAAAGCAACUGAUCUCGCAAAACAAAAGGCUGGAUCCAUUCAAACUGUUUAUGCCAGUGAUUAAUCGUAAAAUUUUCAUUGCGAUAAUUUUACUGUUCAGAAAAUGGUUGAUAAAAUUUUUAUAUUGUUUUUAUCCAAGUGAUAGUAUUUCUAAGAACUGCCAGAAAAAACUAAUUUAUAGAUGUGUCUUCAUUUGAUCAAUAAAAUAAGAUUCAAAUGAAAAGUAAAUUAUCUUGAAAGCUACAGUAUGUUAAGUUAUUAGGCAAACUUUGGUUUGUAGAAGUGAAAUAAUUUUUUUGAAUAAUAUCCAAUUCAUGUCAUACUUAAAUAUUUAUACCAUGGAACGAUCAUGUUACGGAUUCAAAAAUUUUUUUCUAUGAAAAUGUUAAUGUAUAUAGAAGUCAUGUGUACAUAAGAAAAAAUUUUAUUUAUAAAUAACGUAACUAUUUCAUAUUUAGCAUGCUCAAAUAUUGAAGUUUUUUUCGGAUUAUUUUCCGUAAAUUGGGUAUGAUAGAAUCCAUGAAAUACUUACAAAGACAAAUUAUGUACAAUGAAG